AUGUCUAUUGAGAACGCCAAAAAACAGGCAGGGUACGCUGCAGUAGAUCAGAAUUUGGAUCCUUCCGACAGGAUCAUUGGAGUUGGAUCUGGCUCCACGAUCGUGUAUGUAGUGGAAAGACUGGGCCAACUGAACACCAAGAACGAUCUUAUUUGCAUUCCUACAAGCUUUCAGGCAAAGCAAUUGAUUGUGGAGAAUUCUUUGCGUCUUGGAUCUGUGGAUGAGUUUACCGAGAUUGACAUAGCAUUUGAUGGCGCAGAUGAGAUCGAUUCGAAUCUGAAUCUUAUCAAGGGAGGAGGCGCAUGCCUCUUCCAAGAAAAAUUGGUUGCAUCAUGUGCGAAGAGGUUCAUUGUAGUUGCCGACUACCGCAAGAACACCGGCCUGUUAGGCAAGGAUUGGAGGAAUGGGGUCCCAAUUGAAGUCAAUCCUCUAGCUUACAAGAAGGUGAUUAAAGGGCUAAUGGAAAUUGGAGGUAAGCCAGCACUUCGCGAAGCUGGCGCUUCAAAGGCUGGACCCGUGGUGACAGACAAUGGUAACUUUGUGAUUGACUGUGAUUUUGGAGAAGUGCCCUCAAAUCAGGUGCAGUCAUUAGAUGCCAAGCUUCACAGUUUGGUUGGAGUACUUGAGACGGGACUAUUUGUCGGAAUGGCCAAGAAGGCUUACAUUGGAGAAGAGGAUGGGUCCCUAACCAUUAGCAAGAAAAGCAGUAAGCUAUAA